CUAGUUGAAUGUGUUACACUCAUCAUUAGCUAUCGUGGCCGAGAACAAACAUUUAGAUGUCCUUGGUUUUAGUGGAAACAGCCUAUCCAACCACACACACGUAUAAAAGGGAAGAGCAGCACUCUGACCUGCUUUUUGAAGUGUGACACCAACAAGAGGACAAUGUGGUUAGAGACAUCCCUGAUCAGUGUCGGAGCUGUGUUUUUGCUGGUUCUGCUCUUAUUUUUCCUCAUUUCUGGUCAAACAGACACUCGUUUACAGGGAAAGGAGGAAACAGGGGCUGAAUGUGGAUUUCUGCAGCGUCUUUAUCAGUUUCUCCAUCAUUCCUCCUCCCCCGCCCUCCCCGGACCCCCCAGCCGAUUUCUAAUUGGCAACAUGAUGGAAAUGACACAUGAUCACAUGCCAUCACACCUGACGAAUCUGGCGCAGCGCUAUGGAAACAUAUACCGUCUGAAAUGUGGAAGCACAACCUUGGUGGUGCUCAACAGUGGUGAAGUCAUAAGGGAAGCACUGGUGAAGAAAUGGUCUGACUUUGCAGGGAGGCCAGCUUCCUACACAGGUGAUAUUGUGUCAGGAGGUGGGCGUAACAUCUCUCUGGGGGAUUACACCGAGGAGUGGAGGGCGCAUCGCCGUGUCGUCCACAGCGCCUUGCUGCGCUGCUGCCAGCAGUCUUUGCACGGCGUGAUCGAGAGGCAGGCUCUGCAUCUGAGAAAGGUGCAGAAGACAAUCAGCAGCUGCGGGAAUCUCAGCUGGAAUGUUGCCUCGUCACGUGAUCUGACAAAGCUCGGUUUGUUUACCACUCAGGUUCUGAUGGACUAUCAAGGGACAGCUGCAGAUCUCUCAGAGGACUUCACGGUAGCAGCCAGCAACGUCAUCACCACUCUGGCUUUUGGAAAAGAAUACGACAAGACGUCAUCCGAGCUGCAGGAGCUUCACAGCUGUCUAAAUGAGAUAGUUGGUUUGUGGGGCUCCUCUUGGAUCUCUGCUCUGGACUCCUUUCCUCUGCUCAGAAAAUUACCCAAUCCUGUGUUUGCUCGUCUUCUCAAAGAGGUGGCCAGGAGGGAUGAAAUUAUCAAACAGCAUCUCCGUGAUUAUAAGCUGCAAGACAACAAGAAAGCAGAUGCCAUAAUGGGAUCCCUCCUCCAGGCUUUUGACAAACAAAACAACGCCGAACAAGGACAGCUCUUGACAGAUGUCCACGUCCACAUGACUACUGUGGAUCUUCUCAUCGGUGGGACAGAGACCACGGCGGCUUGGCUGAACUGGACCGUGGCUUUCCUGUUACACAGACCAGAGGUUCAGACCAGAGUGUACGAGGAGUUGUGCACGGUUUUAGAGGAGCGUUAUCCCAAAUACAGUGACAGACACAGACUUCCUGUUCUGAGCUCAGUGAUCAACGAGGUGCUCAGACUCAGACCAGUCGCUCCUUUGGCCGUACCUCACCGAGCCAUCAGAGACAGCAGCAUCGCAGGUUAUUUCAUCCCCAAGAACACCGUCAUCAUUCCUAACCUUUUUGGAGCUCAUCAUGAUCCUGCAGUCUGGUCUGAGCCAUACAGCUUCAAACCAGAGCGCUUUCUGGAAGGAGGAGGAGGCUCCGCUCGCUCGCUGAUGCCUUUUGGAGGGGGGGCUCGGCUCUGCCUAGGGGAGUCCUUGGCCAAAAUGGAGCUGUUUUUGUUCACUGCCUACCUACUGAGAGAUUUUGAGUUCAUCCUUCCUGAGAGAGGAGCCCCCCUGCCUGAUCUAACAGGGCUGGCCAGUGUUGUACUAAAGAUCGAGGCCUACAGAGUCGUUGCACGUCCCAGACCUUUAACUGAACCGUAGUCGGUGUGGUGCUCAGCUUGUUCCAACUGUUUUCCUGUCUCCUGAAUCAGUUUUGGUCCUGAUGAAAAUAGGAUUUAUUAAACAUGUUAGACAAUGAGAAUAAUAAAGUAUAAAGAAAACUAACUCAAUUUUUCUAUUUUCAAUUUUUAUUUAUUAAAUAGUUUUGAUUAGUGAAUGUUACCCUUGUGUAUUUAUCUGUAUUAAUGUUUCCUUUUCUCUAAGCUGCCUAACAAGGAAAUUUCCUCACAGUGGGAUUAUUAAAGUCUGUUCUAUUUUAUUGUAUUCUAGUCUAUUCUAACUAUACUGCAGCCUGCAUCUGACCUAACCUAACUCUCAUUUUAAAGAUUAAUCUGGGGCUUCAGGUCUGAAAACGGACAUGGUCCCAGCUUGUUUUUAUCUCUCUACUGUGAUUCAUUCUAUUUAUUUUACUGAACAUCCAUCCAUACAUCCAUUUUCAGCCACUUAUCUGGGGUCGGGUCAUGGGGGCAACAGCCUAAGCAGGGAGGCCCAGACUCCCCUUUCCCCAGCCACUUGGGCCAGCUCCUCCUAGAGAAUCCUAAGUUUCAUAGUCAGCCAUAGACAAAGCCCCUCCAGUGUUGAACGUGCCCAGAAAACAUCACUGGAAGGCCGUCAGAAGGCUUCCUGACCAGAUGCCCAAGCCGCCUUAACUGGCUCCUCUCAUUGUGGAGAAGCAGCAGAUCUACUCUGAGCCACUCUCAGAUGACUGAGCUUCUCGCCCUAUCUCUAAAAGAGAGUCCAGCCACCCUGCAGAAAAAACUCAUUUCGGCCACUUGUAUCUGUGAUCUGAUUCUUUCGGUCACUACCCAAAGCUCAUGACUAUAGGUGAGGGUAGGAAUGUGAUUGAGCAGUAAAUCGAGAGCUUUGCCUUCUGGCUCAGUUCUCUCUUCACCACGACAGAUGGGUACAACGCCCGCAUCAUGGCAGACGCAGCACCAAUCCGCCUGUCGAUCUCACUCUCGUGAACAAGUCUCCAAGAUACUUAAUCCUCUCAGACUCAAAAUAAGUUUUGAUAAAAGGACGAACAACUAAGUCCUUCAGGGGAACUUCUGAGUUAAAAAAUGCUCAUGAAACACGUGUGUGGAGUAACCAGGUAGGUAGGUUUUAAUGUUGCUAAUCUGCUCACCUGCCUCCAGAGGGUUAAACUCCUCCACUUGAGGCAGUUAUUCACAUUGGCGGUAACGACACCCGGUUACGCCAAUCGGAGGUCACUAAAAUUAAUGUUGCUUCGCUGUGCAAGUUUGCCAAAACAAUGUCGGACUCCGUAAUUUUCUCUGGCCCCCUACCCAAUCGGACCAGUGACGACAUGUUUAGCCGCACGCUGUCCUUCAACCGCUGGUUGUCUAGGUGGUGUCCUGAAAACAACGUGGGCUACAUUGAUAAUUGGAAAACUUUUUGGGGAAAACCUGGUCUGAUGCGGAGAGACAGCAUCCAUCCCUCUUUGGAUGGAGCAGCUCUUCUUUCUAGGAAUAUGGCCAGUUUCAUUAGUCCUCCAUGACAACCCAGGGUCCAGACCAGGAAGCAGAGUCGUAAUUUAACACACCCCUCUGCAGCUUCUGUACUGUUACCCACCCACUACCCCAUAGAGACAGUGUCCUGCCCACGGCCAAAACCACACAGAUUAAAUAUCAGACUUAAUAAAGCAAACCAUGGAAAUCUCAUAAAUAUUAGAACAAAUUCAACUGAGCAGAAAACUAGAAAAAUUAAAUGUGGGUUGUUGAACAUUAGGUCUAUUUUUUCUAAGACUUUGUUAGUUAAUGACUUGAUCUGUGAUAAUCAGAUUUCUUUGCUUUCUCUCACAGAAUCCUGGCUGCAGCAAGAGGACUAUGUUAGCUUAAAUGAGUCGACUCCUUCAAAUUAUUUAAAUCAUCAUAUUGCUCGAAGUACAGGGCAAGGAGGAGGAGGAGUAGCAACCAUUUUUCAUUUGGACUUAUUUAAUCAGUCCCUUACAGAUUAAUAGUUACAGUUUGUUUGAACAUCUUAUUCUUAGUUUUCCUAAUCCAGAUUGCAAAACUGUAAAACCACUCUUGUUUGUAGUUUUAUAUCGUCCACCAGGCCCUUACUCUGAGUUUUUGGAUCAGAUCUCUGAUUUUUUUAUCUGAUUUGGUGCUAAAUACUGAUAAGGUCAUUGUAGUGGGGGAUUUUAACAUUCAUGUGGACAUUGAAAAUGAUAGCCUCAAUGUAGCCUUUAGUAAUAUCUUAGACUCAAUUGGUUUUACUCAAAGAAUAGAUAGCUCCACCCACUCCUGCCAUCAUACAUUAGACCUUGUGCUGACUUAUGGCAUAGAGUGUGAGGAAAUAACGAUCUUUCCACAUAAUCCAGUCCUCUCGGACCACUUUCUGAUAACCUUUGAGUUUUUUAUAACUGAGUUCUCGAGACAUGAAAGUAAAUUUCACUAUAGUCUGUCUCUAUCUGACAACGCAGUUGCGUCUUUUAAAUCAACUGUUCCAUCUUUACUGUCCUCAGCAUCUCAGAGGAACGUAGCAGAGGGCAAUAUUUUCAUUUCUAGCCCCUCACAAAUUGAUGCCUUAGUUCAUCAUGUUAAUUCCUCUUUACGUGUGGCAUUAGAUGAUGUUGCCCAUAUAAAAAAGAAGAUAAUUAGGGACAGGAAGUUGACUCCCUGGUUUAAUUCUCAUUUACGAGCUUUAAAACAAAACUCUAGGAAAUUGGAGAGAACAUGGCGCUCUACGCACCAUGAGGAGGCCUACCUAUCCUGGAAAAAUAGUCUUGUGCUUUAUAAAAAUAAGCUUCAACAAACUAGGACUGCUCAUUUCUCAGCACUAAUUGAGGAGAAUAAGAAUAAUCCUAAAUUUCUUUUCAGUACAGUUGCUAAACUUACACAGAAUCAUAGCUCUGAGCCAUCUAUUCCCUUAGCCCUCAGCAGCAAUGACUUCAUGGGAUUUUUUACAAGUAAAAUUAAUUCUAUUAGAAACAAAAUCUUUAGCAUCCUCCCUAAUGCGAUUUCUUCUUCCUCAGUAAGUGAGGCAGCAUCAGAGGUAACUGUAGAACCUCAUCUGUGCUUGAACCGUUUUGAUCCAGUUGAGCUUUCAGAGUUAUCAAAAAUAUUAGCUUCAUCUAAACCUUCCACUUGCAUUUUGGAUCCAAUCCCAACCAAAUUAUUUAAAGAAGCAUUUCCUUUGGUUACUGCCCCCAUUCUAGAUAUAAUCAAUCUAUCCUUAGUAAAUGGAUAUGUACCACAGGAUUUUAAGGUUGCUGUAAUCAAACCUUCACUUAAGAAGCCUUCUCUGGAUCCAGGUGACCCAAUGAAUUAUAGACCAAUAUGUAACCUUCCAUUUUUAUCCAAAGUCCUGGAGAAAAUAGUAGUCGUCCAAGUAUGUGAGCAUUUAAACACUAAUGAUCUGUUUGAGGAAUUUCAGUCUGGUUUUAGAGAGUAUCACAGCACUGAAACUGCAUUAGUGAGAGUUACAAAUGAUAUUCUCAUGGCCUCAGAUAGGAAUCUUGUGUCUGUUCUAGUCUUGUUAGAUCUCAGUGCUGCCUUUGACACAGUAGAUCACAAUGUUCUUUUAGAAAGACUUGAACAUGUUGUAAAGAUCAAAGGAACAGCGCUAGGCUGGUUUAAAUCCUACCUGUCUGACAGAUUUCAUUUUGUAAACGUACAUGACAAAUCGUCUUCAUACUCCAGGGUUACUUGUGGAGUACCACAAGGUUCAGUGCUUGGACCAAUUCUUUUUACUAUACAUAUGCUCCCAAUUGGUAAAAUCAUUAGACAGCAUGGGAUAAACUUUCACUGUUAUGCUGACGAUACUCAGUUAUAUUUAUCUAUUAACCCUGAUGAACCUAAUCGGUUGGGUAGAUUACAGGCUUAUCUUGACAACAUAAAAAAUUGGAUGACUCUAAACUUUUUUCUUUUAAAUCAAGACAAGACGGAAGUUCUCAUCUUUGGACAAGAAAUCUAGAAAAGGAAAUUGCUUAGCCAAUCGCCUGACCUGAAUGGCAUUAUAUUUAUCUCUGACAAUAAAGUAAGGAACCUUGGUGUUAUCUUUGACCAGGACAUGUCCUUCAAAUCCCAGGUUUAACAGGUUGGUGUGGUGUCGCUGCUCAUGCGGUCGACUGGUCAUCUUGUGUUGCAGCAGUAUAGGUUUUUUAAUCGGCUUAUCUGGAUAUUUAUUAGCUUUUAUUUUUUAGCUUUUUAAAAAGUUUUAGUUCUUUUGAGUUUUCCUGUACACAUCUAUAUGCAUUUGGCACCUUAAAUGUGUUGUCUUUGGAGACUUCCUGGAUGCUAAAUGUGGCCUGGCUCAGGCACUAGCUGAAGCUUUGUUUACUUACCUGGCUUCCCUUUUUGUCCCUCUUACUCCGCUGACUCCUUACUCUGGACUACAACUUCUGCUGGAAUGGAUAUUCUGAGGAUCCUGGCAGUUGUAGGGACAUUCUGUGUUGAGCGUUGCAGCAUCAACAACGUUGAACUCGAAGAAAGAAAAGAUAGGACCAAAAAUGCUUUCUUCUUGUGUCUUUUAUUUUAGAACUGCGACACAAGCAUGUUAACAUCCACACCGGAGACCACGUUCUCCUCAACAACCAUUACGCACUGACGCAGUGUGCGUGCCGCUCUGGUGGUGAAAAACUAAAAGCACAACCCUCUCAAUAACAUCAGUUUACACAGCUGAGAACGUGAGUACACAAAUUUGAACAUCCCAACACCUCUUCUUGAACUCAUGUUGCUCAAGUCUUCAAAACAAAAAAAACACCAUAUUGGUUUUAAUAUCUUGUUUUCCCCCUCUUUAUCUCUUCUAAACACCAAACAAAAUACCUGCAAACUUUCCAAGUUUUAACCUAGAAACAGGCUUGGUCAUAAUGUCUGCAGCCAUCUCUUCAGUAGUGCAAUAUAACAGAGACAUUUUUCUCUCAUUUACAAUGGACCUUACAAAAUGAUAUUUAAUGUCCACAUGUUUGCACCUUUGUCGACUCACAGGGUUAUUAGCCAAAGCGAUCGUCCCCUGGUUGUCCUCAUACACCACUGUCUGUGUGUAUUUGUAGUUGUCUAUACCUUUCAAAAGCUGUUCUAAAUAUAUACACUCUUGCAUUGUGGAAGCUAGAGCUAUAUAUUCUGCUUCAAAUAGAAAUCGCCACAGUAGGUUGCUUCCUGGUUUUUCAUGAAACCAGAGAGCUGUUGUUGCAUAAACUGACACAAUAACCCGAAGUACUGCGUCUAUCAUUUUUGUCUCCUGCCCAGUCAGCAUCACUGUAGGCUAUUAAACCUAGGUUUUCACUGUUGCUCCUGAAGCACAACUGUUUGCCUUUUGUUCCCUUUAGGUAUCUCAAUACAUGUUUUACAGUUAUCCACUGUUCUUCUGUUGGUUCCUGGAGAUGUUGAGACAAUUUGCUGACCACAAAACUCAAAUCUGGACGGGUACAUGUUACAAGAUAUAUAAGACUUCCAACAGCCUCCCUAUACAUUUUCACACCUUCCAUCCUAGUAGCUUCUCCUGUGUAACUCAACUUUUGUUCACAUAGAGUUUCCCUGGGCUUACAGUUCUCCAUGUUAAACCUUGUCAGUAUUUUGUUAACGUAUGUUUCUUGUGACAUUGUUACACAUCCAUCAGACUGAGUGAAAUCAAGACCCAGAAAAUGCUCAAGUCUGCCCAAAUCCUUCAUCUUAAAUCUGGUUGAGAGCAUUUUUUUCACUUCUUCCAUUUCUUUUUCAUUGCUUGCCGCAAUUAUUAAGUCAUCAACCCGAAUAAUCAUAAUUAUUAUUCCUUGUUCUGUUUCCUUGGUGAACACACAGUGUUCUGCAGGGUUUUGCUUAAAUUUGUUUACAGUCAAGUUAUCGUGCAGAAUCUUGUUCCAGUUUCAACCGGAUUGCUUUACCCCUUAAAAGGAUUUCUUUAGUUUACACACCAAACCUUCCCCUUCUUCAUAACCUUUUGACUGAUCAACGUAGAUCUCAUAGUCGAUGGGAGCAUGUAAAUACACUGUUUUCACAUCCAUUUGGUUGAGUAACAGAUUCUCCUGUGCUGCUUUCUGUAGAAGAACUCUUAUGCUGGUCAAGUUAGCGGUUGGAGAGAAUGUCUCGCCAUAAUCUAUUCCCAUUUUCUGACUGAAACCUUGGGCUACAAACCUUGCUUUGUAUCUGUCCUGUCCUUCGCUGUCACUUUUGACUGAAUGAACCCACUUUCCUCCCACGGUUUUCUUUCCUUUUGGUAAAGUGGUAAGGGUGAAAGUGUUGUUUUCUUUUAAGGAUUUUACUUCUUCAUCCACAGCUUUUCCCCAUUUCUUGGAGUUAACUGAUCCCAUAGCAUCCUCAAAUGUGUUCGGGAUGCCACAAACCCCUCGGUAACAAUAGUCUAUGGUAGUGUAAACUUCAUCGCUACCACAAUGAUCAGUUAUAAAAUCCUUAAGGUGACUGGGUUUUCCUUUCUCCCAGUAGGAUUCCUUCUAAAAUCAGGUACUUCUUUUUCUGCAUCUGACACCUUUGGUUCAUGCUCAUCUGGUAUGUCAUUUUGUACAUUUUUAUCACUUGUCGUUUCAUGAACACCCUCAUUGUGUUCGACUUUAUCUGAGUUUGUGUCUGUCAGGUUGUUCUACACUGGUGUAAUCCUCAUUUAUUUCUGUCUCAUCUGUCUGUGUUUCUCUCUCCACAUUUUCUUUUCUUAUAAACUUAACCAGUCUGUGUUUUUGAACUGUUUCUGUAUCCGGGUGGUAAACGAGAUAGGCUGGACUAUUUUUAUCAUAGCCUACAAAAAAUCCCUGGCUACAUUUUGGAUCAAGCUUACCUUUGUGUUGUUUGUAUGCAAAACAUGCAGAUCCAAACUUCUCCAUUUUUGAUACAUCUGGCUUUUUGUCUGUCAGCAUUUGAUAAGGGGGUUUCCCUGUUGUCAUGACUCAAGGGAGGUGUUUAACCCAAGACAUGCAAAAUCAACACGACUUCUUAAAACAGGAACAAAAGGCGCACUGGAAAGUCCAGUGAGGGUGUACCGUUCGGCUUUAGUCCAUAUAAUAAUCUAAGAAGUGCGGACAGGUGGGUAGCCAAGGUGAGUGUAGGUGGUGGCUCAGUGGCUGAGGCGGGUGAGGCAGCAGAGAUUAAAUGGCAGGCGUUGUAGAGGAGGAUGGGACGUGGUUCUGGAAAUCCGGGGUUCGAGCGGCGAGAGUAGUGUGUAGCGUGGAGUAUCCUGAACAGAACAAACAAGCAGGGUUUAGAGGAGAAUCCAAAAAGCGUAAUCCAGAUAAACAGUCCAAGGUUCAGAGCCAAAAAUCCAAUGUCAAAUCCUAACGAGCAAAAACGAGCAAACAAGGUGAAGAGGCUGGGGCUACCUAACAGGUGCAAUCAUCCGGCGUAGUGUGGUGUCUCCAUCCUCCCUUUAUACCCGACCUCCUGAUUGGAGAUUCGGCGCACCCGCAGCUCCCUCCGCUCCUCACCUGUGGAAGAUUGCCUCAGAGCUGGUUAGUAAUGAGAGAGAGCUCACCUCAGCUCAGGAACAUGACACCUGUUCACCUGUUAAAACAUCGGUUUUGUGUUAUAGCUGCUGUUUGGACAGCAUAGUUCCAUAGACACUUUGGUAACUGACUCUCAAUCAGCAUGCAUCUACCCAUCUCAAAAAGGGUACGCCACCCUCUCUCGGCUGUCCCGUUUUGAUGCGGUGAAUAUGGAGCAGUUGUCUCAUGCCUGAUACCAUUUUUCAUUAGUAGAGCCUGGAACUCUCCACAGGUGAAUUUGGUGCCGUUAUCUGAUCUAAGGCACUUCACAUUACCAUAAGGGGCAACAUCUGCAAGAAACUUUUCCGCAGAGGUGGAAAGUAACGAAUUACAUUUACUCACGUUACUGUAAUUGAGUAGCUUUUUUGUAAAUUUAUACUUUUUAAGUCGUUUUUAAAAUCUGUACUUUUACUUUUACUUGAGUAAGUUUUUUAAAAAGAAUUGUAAUUCGCUACAUUUUAAAUCAUAUCCGUUACUGAGUAAAAAUAAAUUAUAGGCUUAAUAAAUUAAAAAUAUUACGUGUAGCAGCGUCGGAACAGAAAGAGACACCUGCAUGAGCGCCACGUCUAAACCGGGGAGGGGGGGCUACAUGCUUUAUGAUGAGGACAAACAGCCAUUUUUACCGCAGUUUUGCUCAAAAACAAAAGUUCUAUGAUCCACUCGCUGUUUGCCUCCUCUCUCCCUCCUCUCCUGUGGGUUGGAACUGUCAGGUACGAUCGGCUGAGCUGGAGUGUGGCUUGGAGACCCAGGCGCGGAGAGACUGGUAUUUGGUCGUGACUGAUUACAGCGUGGGAAGUUCUCUUCCCGGAUGGUCUUUAGAGUUGGCAGAUUAGGCUUAGUCGUUUUGAGAAUUGGUUGGCGUCUAUCGUGAGAUGAUGACUGAGUGCCGGCUCAGCUGUGACAGGUCCUUAAAUAGGCUCAGCGGGAUGACGUCACCGGGAAGCGUCGGUGACAGGGAUGCUGGGAACUGGAGUGCAGUGCCAGCCAGGCCCGCAGAGGAGGUUAAGAGGAGGAGUUCA